UCUUACUUUGACAGAUAGUAAAAAAUCUAAUUUGAAUCUUGGUCAGUCUGAGCGUCGUCUUUUCCAUUUUUUACUGUUUCUCAUUUGUACUAUUCAUAGGAGUAAUCUCCAAUAUAAAGUAAAAACCGUUUUGAACAUUCGUUUAUAACUUUCUACCAAAAUGGCAGAAUUGGUUCAGGAUCAGCAAGUAAAAAAAGUGCAAAGGCUUUUGGAAGGUUGGCGCAUGGCUCUUUUACCCUUAAAAUCGGUACUAUUAUGGGAACAGCAAUGGCAUCCUUGUGCUAUACUUGCCUCAGUGUCUAUUUUAUUUUUAUCAAUCUGGCUUAUGGAUAUGAACACCCUAGCGACAUUUGCAGUUGUUGGGCUGAUACUAAAUUUCGUUGACUUUAUAGUUCCAAUAAUAUCCAAUACUAUUUGUGGUCCAAAUUCUUGGACAGGCCAAAAGGAGAAACUUUUUGAAGAUAUUUGUAGAAGCAUUGUAAUACAUUACAACAAAUUAUUAGGAAACAUCAAAGCAUUUUAUUCGAUGCGAGAGAAUAGUCCUUCAAUGUAUUACAUAAUAUCAAUCAGCAUGCUGUGCACCUUGGCAUGGAUGGCUUCGUCCAUAAAUAACAUAUUCCUGCUGUAUAUAUUUUCUACAGUUGUUCUUCUAUGGCCUGGUAUUCAGCAGAGAGGAAUUUUCAAUACACUUAUGUCAUUAAUCAAUAAAACACCAAAAAUUUCUUCUUUAAAAUCAGAUUAGUUACUAUCUGCAUUAAAGUUUAAAAUUAGCUUUUUUAUCACAGCUAAAGCUUUAAGGUCUUAAACCUUAUGAUCUCUUUUUAUAUUUGUGAUAUUUAAAUAUUUCUAGGAAGUUUUAAACCUACAUAUACAAAAGUAUCUAGAAAUUGUUCAGGUGUUGCUUAUUUAGUAGAUACUUUAUAUGGUAAUGGCUGUAGUGUGUUAAUAUUUUGCUGUUUAUAUGAAAGAAAGCAUUCAAUAGUAAGUUUUGAAUAUUGUAUUAUAAAGUGAUGUACGGACUGGUCAUUGUUUUAAGUUUAAGCUAAGCUAGUUCAUUGUGAGCUAUAAAUUAUUUUAUUUGGGUUAAAUAAAAAUUAGUAAUUUAA